AACUAAACUAAACUAAAGAAAAGUAGAAGAGGAAAAGUCUUCUCUUCUCUCUUCAAAAAAAGCCCUCUCCCCCUCCCUCACCAUUUUAAAAGCUGUUGCAACAAAACCAGACUCAAAGGGCUUCAUUCAUCUCUCAACACAAAGCUUCGUUCUUUUGCUUUGUGUGUUUCUCUUGUUAAGAUUCUUUUGAGCCCUAAAGGGAAGAUUAAGAUACAUCCAUGUGCAGCGGUUCCAAGAGGAAACCUACUCAAACUGGUUUGGUUAUGGAGGAUGAUUAUGGAAGAGAAGAAGGGCAGCAUCAAAAGAUAUCUGCUUUGCUUGAACUUGCAGCUGCAGAUGACCUAAUUGGUUUCAAAGAUGCAGUUGAGAAAGAGGGUUGUGAUGUUGAUGAGGCCGGGUCGUGGUUUGGAAGGAGGCUUGGCUCAAAGAAAGUGGGUUAUGAAGAGAGGACACCACUUAUGGUUGCUGCUAUGUUUGGAAGCCUGAGAGUUUUGGCUUAUAUUCUUGGAACUGGCUGUGUUGAUGUUAACAGGGCUAGUGGCUCGGAUGGGGCUACUGCAAUUCAUUGUGCUGUUGCUGGGGGUUCUGCUGCUUCCCUUGAGGUUGUCAAGCUUUUGCUUGAAUCAUCGGCAGAUGUUAGUACUGUUGAUUCAAAUGGUAACCGGCCUUGCGAUUUGGUUGUCUCUGGGGCUAACUCUAUCCCCAAUUCAAGGAAGAGGAUGCUGCAAGCCAUGCUGGAAGGUACAGUUGGUACUGACAAGACGUUAGAGGAUGUAGUUGGCCAAAUCGAGGAACAACAAAGGGAAAACGUGGUGAACACGCCCCGUGUGUUGAAAGAUGGGGCUGAGCGGAAGGAUUAUCCUGUUGAUCACUCUCUUCCUGACAUAAAGAACGGGAUAUAUGGUACUGACGAGUUCAGGAUGUAUACAUUCAAGGUGAAGCCUUGUUCAAGGGCUUAUUCUCAUGAUUGGACCGAGUGUCCCUUUGUUCACCCAGGGGAAAAUGCCAGGCGACGCGAUCCAAGGAAAUACCAUUAUAGCUGUGUGCCUUGUCCUGAAUUCCGUAAGGGGUCAUGCAGCAAGGGAGAUUUAUGCGAGUAUGCACAUGGUAUUUUCGAGUGUUGGCUUCAUCCUGCCCAGUACCGGACCCGGCUUUGCAAGGACGAGGGUGCAUGUACAAGAAGAGUUUGCUUCUUUGCACACAAGCCUGAGGAGCUUCGCCCCCUCUAUGCUUCUACUGGUUCGGCUAUGCCAUCUCCUAGAUCCUACUCCAGUGGUUCUUCAUUGGAUAUGGGUCCAGUUAGCCCAAUAACACUUGGUUCUCCAUCUGUUAUGAUACCACCUGCGUCAACACCGCCUUUGACUCCUUCUGGAUCUUCCUCUCCUCUCUCCGGAUCCAUGUGGCAGACUCAAUCUAACAUCCCAACCCUGCAGCUUCCUAGAAGCAGCAGAUUGAAAACUGCUUUAGCUGCUAGCGAUAUUAAUUCGGAUACUGAAUUGCUUAUGCUAAUGAUGGAUGAGAUGACUGGUCUUUCCUCCCCUUCCGGUUGGAGAAAUUCCUUGACUAAUAAUAAUCCAUCUUAUCAUUAUUCUUUGGGCGAUCGUGCUGCAGAUCUAAAUAGGCUUUCAGGAGUGACGCCUACUAACCUUGACGACACUUUUGGGUCUGUCGACCCGUCAAUUUUGUCCAAAUUCAAUGGAAUCUCAUUUGAUGCUGCAGGACCUCAGUUACAUCUUCCAACUGGAUUGCAGAUGCGCCAGAACAUGAAUCAGCAGCUGCGAGGCUAUUCUUCUGGCCUCCCUUCUCCGAAAGUGAUUGGAUCCCCAAAAUCCAGGGUUGAUCCAUCAGGGGAACCGACUGCACUGGCUUUCAAUCCAAGACUUGCUGCCUUUUCACAGCGGAGCCAGAGCUUCAUCGAGCGCAGCAUGGGAAACCGUCAUUCUGAGGUUCCUUCGCUGGCCACCUCUGUGGCAGCAAAGCCUUCUUUGGCAUAUUCUCAUUGGGGCUCUCAUGAUGGAAAAUUGGACUGGCCGAUGCAGGGCGAAGAGCUGAACAAGCUGAGGAAAUCUGCUUCUUUUGGAUUUCGAAGCAGCAGCAAUAUUCCCUCGCCCAGGGCUGCGACCAGAAUGUCAGCUGCAAAAGUUGACGAGCCGGACGUGUCUUGGGUUAGCUCGCUUGUGAAGGACGCUCCGGCACAGCCAGAGCCCGGCCAGUUUAGUGCCGAAGAUCAGCAACAGCUGCAAUGUCAUCUCAACAAUGGAACAGAUGUGAUUCCAGCAUGGUUGGAGCAAAUGUACAUUGACCAGGAGCAAAUGGUGGCAUGAGAUCAAAUGCUAAUUAUUGGAUUGCGGCUCUUCCUUGCAACUCUCAACAGUUUCAUUUAUUUGCUAAUUUAUUUAUUUGAGUUUUUAUACAACUUAAUUAGAUGGAAAAGGUGUAAACCAAAGGUAAGAUUAGACUCAAAAUGCAAGAAUAUGUAGACCUGGAUGCUUGUUUUGUGCUCCAGCAAGUCAGCAACUACCCUUUAGUCUAGGGUAAUUAAUUAAUUUGAUUUUUUUCCCCUAAUCCUAUUUUGUUAUUAGUUAUCAUCUAUUGAGUUGCAAGUUAUAACUUUCAAUUUAUGCCAAAAGUUCAACAAAGUAGUGAAGAUGUAAUAUUUUACAUAAAUGCCGAUUCCCAAUUUGCUUUUUA